AUGUGCGAUUCCAUCAGUUCCAUCACCUCUGCGACUGUAAAGUCCCUUCGGUCUAUUGUAGGCGAAGCCGUACUUCUACAACAGGAGCCCCCCGGAAAAUCCGAAUUAAUCUGGGGCAUUUUCGUCCGCGGGUCCGGCGUUCCAGUCGCAAUCGCUGGCCUCAUUUGUCUCAUUGCCGACUGGGAAUAUGCAGUCGAGAUCGAACAGGAUUGGAGUAACACUUUUCUCACUAUUGCGCUCCUCAUUUCCAUCACGCUCAAUAUUUUUUUGUUCACGAAUAUAGUGUUGAAAUUGAAAAACAGUCCGCGGGCCUCCAAAUUUCGUCGUUACCUUGCCUAUAUUGAUGCGGUGGUCAUUUCGCUUCUGGUCAUUGGCGUUACGGAGAGAUUACAGCAGAACAGCUCGAACGAGCCGUGGUACAACGACGUUUUGCCGUCGAAAGUCCAAAUAUGUGUUUUUGCCAUCUCCUUGUCACUCGCGUUCAUGCAUUUUGUCGGAGGUGCAGUCAUGACUGUUGUUGCAAUAAAGAAUUGGAUCCAGAUACAAAGGCUGUCACCUGAGGAGUACAGAGACUUCAAGCUAGGCAUCCGACCACUGUAUCCACCACCAGCUUACUGCGCGUGA